AGUUCUGGUGAUAUGUACUGUAUUAAGUACAUGACGACCAUGAUGACCAUAUUGUACUGAGCGACCUGGACAAUGAUGUGUGUGCCACUUUGCAACAUGGCAGUAAGGAGCUCCAUUCGUGCUUCUACGGUUAUCACCACAUGUUGUUUUGACUACGUCCUGUUUCAUUCAGCCAAUCAAGUGUGCUCCUUGCACUGAGGACAAGAAACGAAGCAUUAAGGACAGCAGCUGCUAUUCAUGGCGUCUGCACCCAUGGGAGACACCAUCCUCAAUAUGUGCACUCAAUAAUGGACUCAGGUGUCUAUUAAUACUCCUACUCCCUCCAUGCCUGCCUGUCACUUGGCCAGCGCUCAUCAAAAUUAUAGCUGCUGCUGGCAAUAAUACCUAAAAGGCUGUUACAGAAAUAAGCAUGGCGUAGGUAACUCUACAUGUCUAGCCGUGACAAGAGACAGCUUGGAAGUUUACCUAUGUUCUUCUAUCGAACUAUUUAAUAUCAUUUUUGGAGUAAUUAUUUUAGAUAUUUGCUGACAUCCAAAGGCUUUUGCAUGUAUUUUCAGUUUUAUUGUUCAUGAAUGUGGAGAGUUGGUAAGUCAGACAGUAUUUACAGUUUUAUUUCAGUAAAUGUUAUAUACAGUCUAUGGAUGACACUGGUGCUGUUGCAGGGACCAGGUUAUUAUUAUUAUUAUUAUUAUUAUUUUAACUGUACAGGGCGCGCCCUCUGCUGGCUAGUCGCAAGCACAAACAGGUAUUGUCUCCGUGUCCUUUUAAAUAAAGUUUGAUUUUGAUUGAGAGCGCCAGUCCAACAUGGCGUCCCUAGCAACCGAACGCCAACAUCACCGGGGUGACUCAGAGACCCCAUCUUUACCUGAUAACAAGGACAGUGUGGAUGAAAGACAGUCCAAGAAGAAAGCCAUACAGUUCCUCAAGGAAGCCGAAAAGACCAGGAUACUGGUUGACAAGUUGGAAAGAGAGAGGACGCUGAGUGUCCAGUGCAGGAAGAACGGGUGGACUGAUGUGGCGACAGAGCUGGACGAGUAUGAGAAGACGCUAGUAGAGGAGAGAAGCGCACUAAAGGCGCAUCUUCAGAAGCAGCUGAUGAAGAUUCAAAAUGGCGUGAGAGAGUUUAAGCAACAGCUGAUGGACAUGAAGCCAACUCCCACGUUGAUUGAGAAGCUGAAGGAAAUAAUGUCACAGGUGGAAAUCUCCAUCAACAAUUUGAAGGAAGAACAGCGCUCAUGCUUUGGGGAGCUUUUGAAGGAAGAGAGGACGUGCGCACAGGAGGUCACGGCUUAUGAGAAGAAGAUAGAAAACUGGAGCCUAUCCGUGAAGUCUGAUUCCAAACUCUCUGCCGUUCCAACUGUGAAGAGCAAAGCCUUGGACAGAGAUCUCCCUUUAGAGGUCCGAGCUCUGGAAGCCUUCCUUCAGAAGACAGGUGGCGUCUGCGGCGGUUGGGAGGAGUACGAUCACCAAGCUUUCCUCAAGGUGCGGACCAAGCACAGAGGGCACGCGUCCUUCAGGAAAGAGGCCAAAGUCUUUCUGCCGAGUAAAAGUCAGGAGGACAUUGAGGAACACGAGAGGUGGUACCAGGAGGUGAUCCAUCUGCAGAACAAAAGGAGAGAGGCGAUCCAAAGAUGGAAGAGCAGGAAGGAACUGGAACGUCAAACCAGGAUACAGAGGCAGGCAGAACUGGAAGAAGCUGAGCGGAAGAAGAAAGCUGUAAAGUACCAGCAAAGCAAGUAAGAGAAGGAGAAGUUGCUUGUCAGAAAAGUGUUACCAUGGCAUGAGAUUUUCCCAUUUCCUAGAACCGAGGAGGAGAAGAAGCUGGCCGCUCAGAGACUUCAGGAGUGGAAGGAGGCCAAGAGAAGGAAAGAGGAGGAGGAGAAGAGGCGAGCUGAGAGGAUCCAAAAGAACAGAACGGCAAAGUGGGAGCGUCGCCGUCAUCUGGAGGCAAAGAUGAGCUCAGAGGAGCGAGUACAUGGCAGGAGAGGAGAGGAGGAGGAAGAAAAGGUCAGGAGAGAGGAAAAAGAGAGGGAGGUGGAGAAGAGGAGGAAGGAGGCAACUAAAGGCAUCAAACAUCUCAUUAAAAGGGAUCUGGACCGAGUCCAAGCAAAGCGUCAGGAGAAACUGCAGAAGCAGAAGGAAGAAGAAGAGCGGCAGGAGAGGAUUAUGAUGAAGCUCAAGGAGAAAGUGGACGGUCACAUCAGCAGGGAUCCAUCCAGGCUCAUCAAACCCACCAAGGGAUGGGAGGAGCGUCUAAAGAGCGCCGGAUCUUCAAGUGGAGGACAAGUUCACCACAUGUUUCACAGAGCUGUUCCCAGUUGGAGACAGGGGUUGUGAGGAUGCAGGUGCUCCUAACUUUCCUAAUGUUCAAGUUGUCAGUCAAAACCUCAUUAAAGAGCCUGUUUGUGAGACUCGCUUGCUCCACUUUUAAAAGAAGAACCACGCAAACAUAAUUCUGGGUUUUCAUGACAUCGUGAACAAAAAAACGGCUUUCCUCAUGGACAUGAUACAGUCUCUGACUGUACACCCUUCACAACUUUGUAAAAAAGAAAAAAAAAAGCCAUCGUUACACAUCUUAAAAUGAAGCCUGCCAACCAUUUGUCAGUCAGCUACAGACGUGGGCGCUAGAACUCUUCAGGUUUUACCAGAGAGAUACGCCUCCU